UGACCAGGACAUGCGGGUUGAUUUGGUCCACCCACACCAGACGCGACCAGGACACGCAGGUUGAUUUGGUCCACCCACACCAGACGCGACCAGGACACGCGGGUUGAUUUGGUCCACCCACACCAGACGCGACCAGGACACGCAGGUUGAUUUGGUCCACCCACACCAGACGCGACCAGGACACGCGGGUUGAUUUGGUCCACCCACACCAGACGCGACCAGGACACGCGGGUUGAUUUGGUCCACCCACACCAGACGCGACCAGGACACGCAGGUUGAUUUGGUCCACCCACACCAGACGUGACCAGGACACGCAGGUUGAUUUGGUCCACCCACACCAGACGUGACCAGGACACGCAGGUUGAUUUGGUCCACCCACACCAGACGUGACCAGGACACGCAGGUUGAUUUGGUCCACCCACACCAGACGUGACCAGGACACCCAUGUUGAAAGGCAGGCCCUACCUAUGUGUUCUGGUGCCAUAAAUGUUAAGAAAUUUGAAAUUGUUUAUACUUUUGACUUUUCAUACUGAAGUAUAUUUUAAACCAAAUGCUUUUAGACUUUUACUCAAGUAGAAUAUUACUGGGUGACUUUUACUUGAGUCAUUUUCUAUUAAGGUAUCUUUACUUUUACUCAAGUAUGACAGUUGGGUACUUUCUCCACCGCUGUCAUUAAGCCUACGGUAUGUACAGUUGUGGCCAAAAGUUUGAUGCUUCAGUGUCUUUAGAUGUUUUUGUCAGAUGUUACUAUGGAAUACUGAAGUAUAAUUACAAGCAUUUCAUAAGUGUCAAAGGCUUUUAUUGACAAUUACAUGAAGUUGAUGCAGAGUCCAUAUUUGCAGUGUUGACCCUCUUUUUCAAGAACUCUGCAAUCCGCCCUGGCAUGCUGUCAAUUAACUUCUGGGCCACAUUCUGACUGAUGGCAGCCCAUUCAAUUAACUUCUGGGCCACAUCCUGACUGAUGGCAGCCCAUUCAAUUAACUUCUGGGCCACAUCCUGACUGAUGGCAGCCCAUUCAAUUAACUUCUGGGCCACAUCCUGACUGAUGGCAGCCCAUUCAAUUAACUUCUGGGCCACAUCCUGACUGAUGGCAGCCCAUUCAAUUAACUUCUGGGCCACAUCCUGACUGAUGGCAGCCCAUUCAAUUAACUUCUGGGCCACAUCCUGACUGAUGGCAGCCCAUUCUUGCAUAAUCAAUUCUUGGAGUUUGUCAGAAUUUGUGGAUUUUUGUUUACCCGCAUCUUUAAGAAUUGACAACAAGUUGUCAAUGGUUUUAAGGUCGGGGGAGUUUCCUGACCAUGGACCCAAAAUAUCAAUGUUUUGUUCCCCGAGCCACUUAGUUACCACUUUUGCCUUGUGUCGAAGGUGCUCCAUCAUGCUGGAAAAGGCAUUGUUCGUCACCAAACUGUUCCUGGAUGGUUGAGAGAAGUUGCUCUCGGAGGAUGUGUUGGUACCAUUCUUUAUUCAUGGCUGUGUUCUUAGGCAAAAUUGUGAGUGAGCCCACUCCCUUGGCUGAGAAGCAACCCCACACGUGAAUGGUCUCAGGGAUGCUUUACUGUUGGCAUGACACAGGACCGAUGGUAGCGCUCACCUUGUCUUCUCCAGACAAGCUUUUAUCCGGAUGCCCCAAACAAUCGGAAAGGGGAUUCAUCAGAGAAAAUGACUUUACCCCAGUCCUCAGCAGUCCAAGCCCUGUACCUUUUGCAGAAUAUCAGUCUGUCCCUGAUGUUUUUCCUGGAGAGAAGUGACUUCUUUGCUGCUCUUCUUGACACCAGGCCAUCCUCCAAAAGCCUUCACCUCACUGUGUGUGCAGAUGCACUCACACCUGCCUGCUGCCAUUCCUGAGCAGCUCUGUACUAGUGGUGCCCCGAUCCCACAGCUGAAUAAACUUUAGGAGACGGUCCUGGCGCUUGCUGGACAUUCUUGGACGCCCUGAAGUCUUCUUCACAACAAUUGAACCGCUCUCCUUUAAGUUCUUGAUGAUCUGAUAAAUGGUUGAUUUAGGUGCAAUCUUACUGGCAGCAAUAUCCUUGCCUUUUAAGCCAUUUUUGUGCAAAGCAAUGAUGACGGCACGUGUUUCCUUGCAGGUAACCAUGGUUGACAGAGGAAGAACAAUGAUUCCAAGCACAACCCUCCUUUUGAAGCUUCCAGUCUGUUAUUCAAACUCAAUCAGCAUGACAGAGUGAUCUCCAGCCUUGUCCUCAUCAACAUCAUCAAAUCCCCAUAGCGGUCAUAUAGGAUGGCUGCAGAGACAUAUAGAUUUGAACACCCUGUCCAUUAAAACACACACACUAAAUAUGCAUACAUGCUAUAACCAUUCAGAUGUAUACAUCUUUAACACCACAGUAAGUUUACCCAUAGCAUAUCGCAAUCUCCAUUUUACUAUGUAACAUGCUCUUUGCUAGAAAGUAGAGUGUGCGUGUUCUUGUCAAGCAUCAGUUUACACUCCUACGAGCCCUGGUCAACAUUAGAAUAGUGCCAUUUGGGAUACAUGCCUGCCCUACUUUGUUCUCUACAGGAAGCUGCUCAGAGAGAGAGAGAGAGAUAGAUGACAGGGAUGUAUUGACCUAGCAACAGAUUUACUAAAACUAAUUUCUAAAGCCUCUGCCGCUCUCUCUCACUCUCUGCCUCUCUCUCUCUCUCCUGCCCUCUCUCUCCUGCCCUACCCCACUCUCUCUCCUGCCCCCCCUCUCUCUCUCCUGCCCUGUCUCUCUCUCCUGCCCUACCCCACUCUCUCUCUCUCUCUCCUGCCCUCACUCUCUCUCUCUCCUGCCCUCCCCCACUCUCUCUCUCUCUCCUGCCCUCACUCUCUCUCUCCUGCCCUCACUCUCUCUCUCCUGCCCUCACUCUCUCUCCUGCCCUCACUCUCUCUCCUGCCCUCACUCUCUCUCUCCUGCCCUCACUCUCUCUCUCCUGCCCUCACUCUCUCUCCUCUCCUGCCCUCACUCUCUCUCCUGCCCUCCCCCACUCUCUCUCUCUCCUGCCCUCCCCCACUCUCUCUCUCUCCUGCCCUCCCCCACUCUCUCUCUCUCCUGCCCUCUCUCUCUCUCUCUCUCUUGCCCUCCCCCACUCUCUCUCCUGCCCUCCCUCACCCUUCUCUCUUCAUCCUCUCUGCCCCUCCUCUCUGUCCAGUAGUCUGCCUCCAGCUGAUGCUGAUGUAUUGGCAGCUUGAUCAUUCCACCCCGCUGAGUUUGGUAUCAGGAUGUGUGUGUUACUUUGUCUGUGAGUGUGUGUCGUGUCCACAACUGUGUGUGUUUGUGUGUGUGUGUGUGUUAUUGGGUGUGUGUGUGUGUGUGUACUUCCUAAUUCCUCAUUUCUAUUUUUGUUCCAUUGAUAUUUUGUCCAACUCCACGCCCCUCUGUGGAAGGGUUAGGAGGGUUAGCGAUGUUCUCCUCGUCCUCCAAACCCUCUCUCUUCUCCUACUGGACAUCCAUGGAUCAGACAGACUCUGAAGUGCUGGACAUUAGCACCAAGGUGCAGCUGCAUGGGGUGCUCUGGAAGAGGCCCUUCGGACGGUCCUCCGCCAAGUGGUCCCGCAGAUUCUUCAUCAUCAAAGACAGUUUCCUGCUCUACUAUGCGGAGAAUGAGAAGAGAAGCUUCGAGACCAACAAACACUUUAACAUCCACCCCAAGGGUGUGAUCCCUUUAGGAGGCUGUGUUGUGGAUCCGAAGGAAGACCAGGGCAUGCCAUUCGCCAUGGUUAUAAAUCAUGCCGACUUCACUGGUAACAUUGUCCUGGCUGCAGAGAAUGAGGCAGAACAAAACCAGUGGCUGGAGAUGCUGCAGGAGUCUGGCAGAGUCACCUGGAAGAACGCCCAACUGGGAGAAGCCAUGAUAGAGAGCCUGGAAGCCCAGGGACUGCAGCUGGCCAAGGAGAAGCAAGAGUACCUGGACAAGCUGAUGGAGGAGACAGAAGAACUGAGCCUGCAGCGAGAACAGAAGGAGCAUCUGGAACGUCUGAACCUGGUUCUGGAGGAGGAGAAGCAGAAGUUUGAGGAGCUGGUGAUGGAGCUUAGAGCAGAGCAGGAUCAGAUCAAACUGGACUUGGACGGCACAGCACAGUCUCUGAAAGGUGUGGAGUCUGAAAAAGAGGAGCUGAACAGUUUAACAACACUUCUUCAGAAAUCUAUUGAGGAGCUGUCCCAUGAGAAGCAGCGAACCCUGGAGUUGUUGAGGGAGAAGGAGCUUGAGCAGGGGGCUGAGCAUCCAGAGAAGGACGAGGAGCAGGAGGUGCAGCCUGGUGACACGGGACUGCGAUCGGAGCUGAGACACAUUGAAGAGCAGAUGAGGGAACUGCAGAGAGAAGGAGCUCUGUCAGAGAGGUUGCAAACAGAGAAUGAGCAGCGUGCCACAGUUCUGCAACAGGAAAGAGAGUUCUACUCCUGUCAGUCCAGGACUUUACAGCAGUCCCUCACACAGCUCACUGUGGACAAGAAGCAAACUGAGGUGGAACUCAAGGUGGAGAUUGAGUCUCGUAUGGAGCUGGAGCGGAGGUUGAAGCAGGCUGAGGAGGCUCUACGGAACCUGGAGAAAGGUCUGAGCUCUCUGGAACUCAAAGAGAAGGAUGACAAGAUGAAGGGAGACGUCAACAACCUCAGGAGGUUCUUUGAGGAGUGUAUCUGUGCUGCAGAGAUCGAGGCCAAGCUCCCUUCUAUAAUGAAGAAUGCUGUGUAUCUCCACAAGGCUACAGCACGACGCAUUAAGAGCUGUCGGAUCCAGAGACGCGCCUCCAAACACCACUGGUUGAAACACUCCCAGUCAUUCGUGGUUGCCCGUGGCGAUGGCGCCAGCAUGGAGGACCAGGAGACUGCCCGGCGACUGACCUCCGACAGCUGUUUCAGGAAGAGCGUCUACAAGAUCAUCACACGCCACGACCAGGAGACCUCCGCCAAGAAAGAUGACUGA